AUGUUCGCUCGUGCUGCUCUUCGUACCCCUGCCCAGGCUGUCCGCGUGCCUGCUGCGUCCCGUCUGUUUUCGCAGACCGCAUCGGCAAACAGCAAGGUGGCUGUCCUCGGUGCCUCGGGCGGUAUUGGCCAACCGCUCUCGCUUCUCCUCAAGCUCAACCCGAAUGUCACGGACCUCCGUCUGUAUGACAUCCGUCUCGCUCCUGGUGUGGCUGCUGACCUUGGGCACAUCAACACGCCGAGCCAGUGCACUGGUUACGCGCAGGAGAACCUUGAGCAGGCGCUCGAAGGUGCUGAGGUCAUUGUCAUCCCUGCUGGUGUGCCACGUAAGCCGGGUAUGACUCGUGACGACCUCUUCAACACGAAUGCCUCUAUUGUGCGCGACCUUGCCAAGGCCGCCGCGAAGGUGUCGCCAAAGGCCCACAUGCUCAUCAUCUCUAACCCGGUAAACUCGACCGUGCCGAUCGUUGCCGAAGUCUUCAAGCGUGCUGGUGUGUAUGACCCCAAGCGCCUCUUUGGUGUGACCGCGCUUGACAUUGUGCGUGCCUCGACGUUCCUCUCUGGUAUUGCUGGCUCGAAGCCAGCCGACACAAACGUGCCCGUCAUCGGCGGCCAUUCGGGUGUGACGAUUGUACCCCUCUUGUCACAGGCCCAGCAGGGCUCGUCCGUCUCGCCUGGCGAGCAGUACGAAAAGCUCGUGCACCGUAUCCAGUUCGGCGGUGAUGAGGUUGUGAAGGCAAAGGACGGUGCUGGUUCUGCUACGCUCUCGAUGGCGUACGCUGGUGCCGUGUUCGCUGACGCUCUUCUGCGUGCUAUGCAUGGCGAAAAGGGGGUGAAGCAGUGCGCUUUCGUCGAGAGCCCACUAUUCAAGGAUCAGGUGCAGUUCUUCGCGAGCCCUGUUGAACUCGGCCCUAACGGUGUUGAAAACAUCCCUGCCCUUCCUCAAAUCACGGCUGAGGAACAGAAGCUUCUUGACAACUGUCUCACGGACCUUGCCAAGAACAUUUCGAAGGGUGUGAACUGGGCUGCCGAGAAUCCUUAA